AUGAGUCUCUGCCUCGGGGUGCAGCAUCGCAUCACAGGUCAGGUGAUGGCACUGAAAAUGAACACGCUGGCCAGCAACAAAGCUAACAUGCUACGAGAAGUGCAGCUCAUGAACAGACUUUGCCACCCCAACAUUCUCAGAUGUAACCUACUUACUGACUGUUUUACUGUGCAGAACUGUCUGGUUCGCUGUGACAACGGUGCGUUCACUGCUGUGGUGGGAGACUUCGGCCUGGCAGAGAAGAUCCCAGAUUACAGUGAUGGUGCAGAGAAGCAGCCUCUGGCCAUCGUGGGCUCUCCCUAUUGGAUGGCUCCUGAAGUUCUGAGAGGAGAGCUGUACGAUGAGAAGGUGGAUGUAUUUGCAUACGGCAUCAUCCUGUGUGAGAUCAUUGCCCGGAUUGAAGCUGAUCCUGAUUUCUUACCCAGGACAGAGGACUUUGGUCUGGAUGUGGAGACAUUUGAGAACAUGGUUGGUGAUUGUCCACCAGCGUUCUUAAGCCUCGCCGUCACCUGCUGUAAUAUGAGUGCAGAGAGGCGCCCCUCCUUCUCUGACAUUGUCUUCACACUGGAGAGCAUGGAGAGAGGAGAAGAGGAAGAGAAGUCCAUUGCACUUGGUAAAAAGAUCAAAUAA